AUGUUAUUUUCAGAUCACGCUUCAGCCCUUGUGGGUAACACGGCGAGGUUGAGAUGUCGCAUCGACGCUAGAUCAUGUGGAGAGAUGCACAGCAUCAAAUGGUACAAGUCUGACGUCAGGGUGUAUGUUUACUCUGGCUCCAAGGAUGCUGCUAUAGACAGACCAGAGGGAGAGAUGAUGGACAGGUUUCCAUUAUACUGA